CCCAACCCACCCACCCAGCCCCACCAGCGCUGCCGCCUUCUUCUUCCCCUCCUCUGAUUCCACUUCCUAGCCAGAUCGCACCACAUCGGCAACACCGCGGGGGUGAUGGCCGUUCCCUCCUCCGACCGCGCGAGGCGGCCCUUCCUCCUCUCGCUCUCCCUCUUCCUCCUCCUCUCCGCCCUCCUCGUCCUCCUCUUCCUCUUCCUCGACCCUUCCCCCGGAACCCUCGCCUUCCUCCCCUCCCGCCUCGCUGGCUCAGCACCCUCCCUCCCCCCUCCUCUUCUUCCCCAACGUGAAAACCCCAACGCAAUUACGCCCCCCGGAACCGGAAGUCCACCUCACUCUCAACCAACCGCUCCGCUCGCCGCCUCCGUCGCAAAAGCCGAGGAGAACAUCGAAGCAUCGCAACCACAAGCCACCACAGGUGUAGAAGGCAUUGGAAACAUCAACUCGCCACGAGCAGACAACAACAGCCGCGCCCCGGCGGUCGAGGCGGGCGGGAAGGCGGAUACAGGCGUCGUCCCGGUCGGGGAUGGGGACGGCGGUGGUGGGGACGGCGGGGAGGUGGAUGUGGCGGUGAGGUGGGAGACCUGCAGCAGGUUGGGGAGGGGCGUGGCGGCGGCGGACUACAUCCCUUGCCUGGACAACGUGCGGGCGAUCAAGGCGCUGCGCUCGAGGCGGCACAUGGAGCACCGGGAGCGCCACUGCCCCGUGGCACCGCGGCCCAGGUGCCUGGUGCCGCUGCCCGCUGGGUACCGGACGCCUCUGCCGUGGCCGCGCAGCCGUGACAUGAUCUGGUAUAACAAUGUCCCUCACCCAAAACUGGUGGAGUAUAAGAAGUACCAGAACUGGGUUACGUGGUCUGGUGAUUAUCUUGUUUUUCCUGGAGGAGGAACUCAAUUCAAAGAUGGUGUGGGAAGAUAUAUUCAGUUUAUUGAACAGAUUAUGCCAACUGUUCAAUGGGGAACACAUACAAGAACUGUCCUGGAUGUUGGAUGUGGUGUUGCCAGUUUUGGUGGAUACCUCCUUGACAGGAACGUCAUUACUAUGUCAUUUGCCCCAAAAGAUGAACAUGAAGCUCAGAUACAGUUUGCAUUAGAGCGUGGAAUUCCAGCUUUUCUUUCAGUGAUUGGAACACAAAAGCUUCCAUUUCCUGAUAAUGCAUUUGAUGUUGUCCACUGUGCAAGGUGCAGGGUCCAUUGGUAUGCAAACGGUGGAAAACCAUUGUUGGAGCUUAACAGAGUGCUAAGGCCUGGAGGAUAUUUCAUUUGGUCUGCAACCCCUGUCUAUCGUCAAGAAAAAAGAGACCAAGAUGACUGGAAUGCUAUGGUUACUCUGACCAAAUCAAUCUGCUGGAGAACAGUGGUAAAAUCUCAAGAUAUAAAUGGAAUCGGAGUUGUUAUAUAUCAAAAACCGACAUCAAAUUCUUGCUACUUUGAGAGGAAGGCCAAUGAACCCCCUCUAUGCUCCGAGAGGGAUGGAUCACGUUUUCCUUGGUAUGCUCCUCUUGACAGUUGCAUUUUGCCAGCUCCUGUUUCCAGUCCAGAUGAAAGAAACAACUGGCCUGUUCUGUGGCCUGAAAGACUUAAUGUCAAAUAUGCAAGCGUACCUGAUGAUUAUGCUUCUAACAAAGAGAAGUUUGAUGCUGACACAAAGUAUUGGAAACAAGUCGUUUCAGAAAUAUAUUUUAAUGACUUCCCACUUAAUUGGUCAAGUAUCCGUAAUAUAAUGGACAUGAGUGCUGGUUCUGGAGGGUUUGCAGCAGCACUCAUUAAUCAACCUUUAUGGGUUAUGAAUGUUGUACCAGUUGGCGAGUCAGAUACCUUACCAGUUAUUUUCAACAGAGGUCUGAUUGGGGCAUAUCAUGACUGGUGUGAAUCUUUCAACACCUACCCAAGGACCUAUGAUCUUCUCCACAUGAGCAAUCUUCUUGGAAAUCUUACAAAUAGGUGCGACAUCAUUGAAGUAGCAGCUGAAAUCGACAGGAUAUUGAGACCUGGAAGAUGGUUUGUGUUGAAAGACACCAUACAAAUGAUAAAAAAGAUGCGCCCAAUUCUUAAGUCCCUGCACUACGAAACUGUCAUAGUGAAACAGCAAUUUCUUGUUGCUACAAAGAGUUUCUGGCGUCCUGGCAAAUCAGCUUCGAGAUCAGGAUGACGUAGAUCACACUUUCAGGGGAGUCAUCAACGGACAAUGAUUCUUUAAAUUGUGACUGAAUUAAUCAUUUAUACAACAGAUAUAGGUUGGCCAGAUCCACACGAUUACUUAUAAGUAUAGGAAAUACAUACUUCUGGUUUGUUAAGCUGAUUCAUUUUUUUAUCAAAGCAAAAUAAUAGGACGUUAUAGACUUGUAGUAGGCUAGCGCUAACAAAUCCAUACAGGCUCCAAUAUUUUUUGUAUACGUGUUUAUCAAUAACUUCUGUACAUUCAGCAAUAAAGAUCUUCAAGUAGCCUUGGAGAAAUGUGAGCUCCUUUCUUUGA